AUGUCUCAACCAAGUGUAGUGCUUUCAGUUUUCAUCAUAUUUGUCUCAUUUGGCUUGUGUUUUGGCUCUUACAUAGCGAACACACAGCAUCAAAAUAACCACCGAAGUUACACUGAACCUGGGAGAUUGACGAAGCCAAAACACGAAGAAUUUGGUAUCAUGAAAAGGGGUGGUCGAUCUACCCCAUCUUCAAGGUCUCAUCGUAGAACGGUUAAUGUUGAUGAUUAUGGAGCCAAAGCUAAUGAUGGAAUAGAUGAUACCUUGGCAUUUGAGAAGGCAUGGAAUGAGGCAUGUUCUACAGGGGGUGAUCUUGUGGUCCCUGAAAGCAGGGUUUAUCAUCUAAAGCCAAUAAAAUUUUCAGGCCCAUGUAAAAAGAAUACUGCCUUUACGAUCUAUGGAACUAUCAAAGCAUGGCCUCAAAUGUCAGCAUAUCAAAAAGAUAGUCGACUCUGGAUUAUGUUUGAAACGGUCAUGAAUCUGACAGUUGAUGGUGGCGGCAUUUUCAAUGGUAAUGGGAAAAAAUGGUGGCAGAACUCUUGCAAAAUCAAUGAAUCCCUUCCAUGCAAAGAGGCGCCAACUGCUGUGACUUUUUAUGAAUGCAACAAUUUGAGAGUGGCAAACCUCAUGUUCAAAAAUGCACAGCAAAUGCAUGUUAAGUUUCAGAAAUGCAACAAUGUUAGAGCUAUGAAUCUUGUGGUCAAAGCACCAGGGAAAAGUCCUAACACUGACGGAAUUCACAUAACAGAGACACAAAAUAUUGUCAUAAGCAAUAGUGUCAUUGGGACAGGUGAUGACUGUAUUUCCAUCGUAAGUGGGUCCCAAAAUGUUCGAGCCAAAGAUAUCACUUGCGGACCAGGACAUGGAAUCAGCAUUGGAAGCUUAGGGGCUGGUAACUCAGAAGCUGAAGUCUCCAAUGUGGUAGUGAACAGAGCCACCUUAACAGGAACAACUAAUGGAGUGAGAAUAAAGACUUGGCAGGGAGGUUCUGGCUAUGCAAGAAACAUAAAAUUUAUGAACAUAGUGAUGCGAAAUGUGACUAAUCCCAUAAUCAUAGAUCAAAACUACUGUGACAAGAAGGAAGGGUCAUGCCAAGAGCAGGAGUCAGCAGUGGGAUUGAGCAACGUGGUGUAUCAAAACAUCAGAGGAACAAGUGCCUCUGAAGUGGCAAUCAAAUUUGACUGCAGCAAAACUGUCCCUUGCAAAGGAAUCUACUUGAAAGAUGUGGUUUUAACACCUGAAGGAGGUGGAAGCACCCUUGCUACAUGUGAGAAUGUUGGAUAUGUCAACAGAGGAAAGUUUUUCCCUCAAUGCUCUCCUUUGAAGAAAGAAGGAAGAAUUUAG